AUGGCUCUCAGGGCUUCAGCUCUUUGCUCCAUACCUAUUCUCUUAUUCCUUUUCUCUCCAUCUUUCGCUACCUCUCCCGAUCCCGCCUCGAUUUUCAACUCCGAAUCCGUUUGCAAGCUCACCCCACAUGCCGAUUUCUGCAAAUCCAUCUUACCCUCCAAUAAGUUCGCCACCAUUCUCGACUUCGGCAGGGAUUCGAUGCACCAAUCAUUGUUGAACGCUCAUAGUUUCCUUGGUUCCAUCAAGUAUUUCCUUAGACAACCCUCGACUUCGUACCUCGGCACGAUUCGAGCCCUCCAGGAUUGCCAGUUUCUAGCCGAGACUAAUGUGGAUUUCUUGUCGUACACGUCGGAACGUAUCAAAUUUGAUCGUGUCGACACUUUCGUGGCUGACGAUUUGCAUUGCUUGCUGAGUGCCGUUUUAACGAACGUGCAAACUUGUGUCGAAGGGCUCGAAGCUAUGCCGUUGGCUUCGAGUGUCAAGCAUGACCUGUUGCCGUCUAUGUCGAAUGGAACAAAUUUCCUCAGUGUGUCACUUGCACUUUUUAGGCACGGUUGGGUUCAUGGAUUUAUCAACUCUCUGUUAGGAAGAAACCAUGUGGUUUCCAAUUUGGUACAUGGCAGAGAUUCUCCUCUGCCUUUAAUAAUGUUGGGCCAAGACCGAGAAGUUUACGAAUCCGCAAGCCGACGGAAGGAUGUUCGAGCAGACGGGAAAGGAGAAGGUGUAUCGGUGAGUCACGUAGUGGUUGUUAACCCGGACGGAAAUGGCAAUUUCACCACCAUCAAUGAAGCAGUGGCAGCAGCACCGAAUAAUACCGGCGACAGCAACCAACACUUCUUGAUUUACGUGGCUGCUGGUAUUUACGAAGAGUACGUUUCCAUACCUAAGAAGAAGCAGAACUUGAUGAUGAUCGGUGCCGGUAUCAACAAGACGAUAAUCACCGGAAACCACAACUUCGUCGAUGGAUCAACCACAUUCAACUCUGCAACAUUUGCUGUUGUUGGGAAAGGAUUUGUCGCGGUCGACAUCACAUUCCGUAACACGGCCGGGCCUAGCAAACACCAAGCCGUCGCGGUCCGAAACGGAGCCGAUAUGUCCACGUUUUACCGCUGCAGCUUCGAAGGAUACCAAGACACAUUAUACGCACACUCCCUCAGGCAAUUCUACAAAGAAUGCGACAUUUACGGCACAAUCGAUUUCAUAUUCGGCAACGCGGCCGUGGUCCUCCAAAACUGCAACAUAUACCCUCGGCUGCCUAUGCCAAACCAAUUCAACACCAUCACAGCACAAGGCAGAACCGAUCCCAACCAAAACACAGGCAUUUCAAUCCACAAAUGUGUCAUCAAACCCGCUGCCGACCUCUCCUCGAGCGACGGCAAGACGAAGACGUACCUCGGAAGGCCAUGGAAGGAGUAUUCGAGGACGGUUUACAUGCAGAGUUUCAUGGAUAGUUUGAUUGAACCGUCUGGUUGGAGUGAAUGGGCCGGGAAUUUCGCACUGGAUACUCUUUACUAUGCCGAGUACGAUAACAAGGGUCCGGGUUCGAACACCACUUCGAGGGUCCAAUGGGGUGGUUACCAUAAGGAUAUAAGUGAGAGUGAGUCUGAUGGAUUCACUGUCUCCAAGUUCAUAGAUGGUGAGGACUGGUUGCCUGCAACUGGAGUUCCUUUUCAUGGGGGUUUGUUUUGA